AUGAACAAAGGAAAAUCAACAACAGAUGCAUCUACAGUUCCAAAAGGUGCAGAAGGUCGUCGACGUAUUAAUAUCCAACAGAUGCAAAAUGUUCUUCUAAUCUGGUUAGACAGUAACAUUGACGAAACAAAUGAUGAUUGUCAAAAUACAAUCACAAAAUUACGACAUGUUGUUAACGACAUCAAUACAUAUACAAAUGCUAAUCAAUGCUUUGAGUUCAUUGAAACAAUCGUCGACAAAAAGGCUUUUAUGAUGAUAUCUGGAUCACUUGGACAACAAACUGUACCUCGUGUACACAGUAUGUCUCAAGUUGAUUCGAUUUUUAUCUUUUGUGGCAACAGAAAACAUCAUGAACAGUGGGCUAAAGAUUGGCCCAAAAUAAAGGGUGUCUUCACAUAUAUUACACCUAUCUGUGAAGCACUCAAGGAAGCUGCUCAUCAAUGUGAGCAGAAUGCUAUUCCCAUGAGUUUCGUGGGAUCAAAUAAAAAGUUAGAUCAAUUAGAUCCUUCUUUUAUGUACACCCAAAUCAUCAAGGAAAUCUUACUGACCAUCGAAUUCGAUCAAAACCACAUUCAAGAUUAUUUUGAGUACUGUCGUGAUGCUUUUGAAGGUAAUAAAAAAGAAAUUGAAAACGUUAAACGAUUAGAAGGUGAAUAUUACAACAAAACACCCAUUUAUUGGUACAGCUGUCAAAUGUUCCUGUAUCCUAUGCUCAAUCGUGCAUUACGAUUGAUGAAUGGUGAUAUCAUUACACGUAUGGGCUUCUUCAUUGCUGAUCUCCAUCGACAAAUCGAACAACUGCACAAGGAACAAUAUGCUAGUAUAACUGCUGCAGAUACCUUCACCAUUUAUCGUGGUCAAGGUUUAUCUACAGAGGAUUUUGAACAAAUGAGCAAAAUUGAAGGUGGUCUUAUUUCAUUCAAUAAUUUCUUAUCUACUAGUAAAAAUCGUAACAUAUCAUUAGAUUUUUCUCAACGUGCUGCACGAAAUCCAGAUCAAAUAGGUGUCCUGUUCAUUAUAAAGAUCAAUCCUGCUCAAUCAACAACACCAUUUGCUUCAAUUGCUGGUAUCAGUGACUUCCAGAAGGAAGAGGAACUCUUGUUCUCGAUGCAUAGUGUAUUUCGUGUUCAGGAUAUUAAACAGAUGGGUGAAAAUAAUCGUUUAUAUGAAGUUAGUUUGACAUUUACUGCUGACAACGAUCCAGAAUUGAACAGACUUACUGAUUACGUUCGAAAAGAGAGUUUUCCAAAUGGUGAAGGAUGGUACCGAUUGGGUAAGGUACUAUUUGCAAUGGGUCAAUUUGACAAAGCUGAAGAUAUUCAACAAGUUUUACUUGAUCAAGCAACGGAUGAUAGAGACAAGGCAGAUAAUUCUCAUCAACUUGGUGUGAUCAAAUAUGAUCAAGGAAAAUAUAAAGAAGCACUUACAUUCUAUGAAAAAUCACUUGCUAUCUAUCAAAAAAUUUUUCCUUCCAAUCAUCGUAGUCUGGCUACUUCCUACAACAACAUUGGUGAAGUGCAUAGAAACAUGGGUAAUUAUGCAAAAGCACUUUCAUCUCAUGAAAAAGCCCUUGACAUCCGACGACAAUCACUUCCUCCCAAUGAUCUGCAUUUAGCGUAUUCCUACAACAACAUUGGUAAUGUGCAUGACAAUAUGGGUAAUUACGCAAAAGCACUUUCAUCUUAUAAAAAAGCACUUGAAAUUCGACAACAAUCACUUCCUCCCAAUCAUCCCGAUGUGGCCUCUUCCUACAACAACAUCGGUAAUGUGCAUAGAAACAUGGGUAAUUAUCUAAAAGCGCUUUCAUUUCACGAGAAAGCUUUUGAAAUUCGACAACAAUCACUUCCUCCCAAUCAUCCUGAUUUGGCUUUUUCCUACGGGAACAUUGGUGAAGUGCAUUAUAACAUGGGUAAUUAUCCAAAAGCACUUUCAUUUCACGAAAAAGCCCUUGAAAUUCGACAACUGUCACUUCCUCCCAAUCAUCCUAGUUUGGCUAAGUCCUACAACAGCAUUGCUAAUGUGCAUAAAAAUAUGGGUAGUUAUCCAGAAGCACUUUCAUCUUAUGAAAAAGCGCUUGAAAUUCGACAACAAUCACUUCCUCCCAAUCAUCCCGAUGUGGCCUCUUCCUACAACAACAUCGGUAAUGUGCAUAGAAACAUGGGUAAUUAUCUAAAAGCGCUUUCAUUUCACGAGAAAGCUCUUGAAAUUCGUCAACAAUCACUUCCUUCCAAUCAUCCUGAUUUGGCUUUUUCCUACGGGAACAUUGGUAAUGUGCAUCGCAGAAUGAAUAAUUAUUCAAAAGCACUUUCAUCUCAUGAAAAAGCUCUUGAAAUUAAACAACAAUCACUUCCUCCCAAUCAUCCUGAAUUGGCUAUGUCCUGUUACAACAUUGGUUUGAUAUAUGAAAACAUGAGUAAUUACUCAAAAGCCCGUACAUUUUAUGAACGUGCCGUGCAAAUUGCACAACAAUCAUUACCUUUAGAUCAUCCUGAUCUUCAAGAUUAUAGAAAUAGUCUCGAAGAUGUAAAAAACAAAUAA